AUGACGGACGACAAAGUUGGCCGAACAAGACGUGGCGGUGCAAGCAAAGCACAUAGCUCUGCACGUAGACAGGCUGCGGUCAAUGUAGAUAAAAUUCCAAGUCGAGCUAAAGGGAAAGCAGUUUCAACCACGAUGGAUGAGCCUCGACCGGAGGAUGCAGAAUCGCAAGAGGAGAAUGAAGACGUGGAAGAAAAUAUUUCUGAAGAAGGGGAAGAGGAAGGGGAGGAAGGGGAGGAAGGAGUGGAUGAGGAAGCGGAGGAAGCGGACGAGGAAGCGGAUGAAGAGGGGGAUGAUGAUGGGGAAGAAGAAAUUGAUGAGGAAGCGGAAGAGGAAAUGGAGGAGGAAGAGGAGGCUGAACAACCACCACCAGAACCUAAAAAACCACGGAAAAAGGUUACGCGAGUAACACAAGGAAGGAACCCACCACGAGUAAAACCACCACCAGUUACAUGUUAUGAUGGUGGUCCGUCUGACUUGUCUUUGUUGCCGGGAUUUGGAAAACAUGUUGCUGUCCCGUUGUGGAAAGGAGAGCUCCAAUCCCGGUAUUUGAGGGUAAUGAACAACGGGAAAAAAAUCAACAAUUUCAAGAUAUGUCCGAAAGAGUACUCGUGGUUUUGGAAUGUCGUUAAUGCGUCCGGACUCGAAACUCUGCGGCGGACAAAUUACAAUCACACCGAUUGGGGUCUGUUGACGGCAUUUGCAGAGCGAUGGCAUCCUGAGACCGGAACUUUCCAUCUUCCUAUUGGUGAGAUGACUAUAACCUUGGACGACGUGUCGUCAUUGCUUCAUAUUCCGAUUACCGGAAAAAUGCUCGACCACAACGGAACGUCAUGUACAAAGGAAGAUGGUGAAGAGAUGUGCGUAGAGUAUCUGAACUUCCCUAUUAGUAAGUGCAAGAAAGAGUUUCAAAAAAUGAAAGGAGCACAUAUAGGGUUUAAGGCGUUGAAGGAUUUCUGA